GCCUUCUUAAUUUGUGGAGACUGGAACAAUAUCAGACUGAUGAUAUUGAACCUCUUGACAACCUCAUGAUCUCACCCAGCCUCAUCUGAAAGCCCAAAAUCCAGUUGGGUUCUGUGCAUUUUGCAUAAAAAAGGCUGACCCAUUUGGCGAUGACAAGACAGAAUUAAAGUUGCGAAAGAUAAAUACAUGUAGUUAGUGAAGGUGUCCGGCUCUACCCUAUUUAAGGGCAUGGAUCUCAUAUUCUCUCUACUUUGUGGAGCAAGUUCAUCUGUGUGUUUGCAUUAAAAGCUGCCUCUUUAUUUAUGACAAAGGCAGAGAAAUAAAGAAGAUUGUAUUUUCAGGUGUGAAAUCUAAUGGCCAACCGAGCAACCCCGGUUCUAUCAAAUUUAAGAACUUGGGCUUUUAUUCUUUUUGUGAGAUGGGUUUCUCUGUUGUCUGCAUAAAAAGCUGGCCCCGCUGAUUAAAAGCCCGAGAGUUAAUGGUGUUAGGAUGUCCAGGUGCUGAACUUUGGUUCUAGCUAUUGAAUAAUAUAGGUUAAUUUUAUGUAGUUACCGGGUUGUGAUCGAUAUAGGGUUCUUGGUGUGGAAGCUGCCUUUUGGUUGAUGGAGAGGGUCAGAGAAAUAAAGGUAUCGUUGGGUUUCCCAGAUGAUUAGGAUAUCUGGUCUUACAGUUUAGAUAUAGCUCUCCGGUUUCCCAUUUAAAAACUCCAAGCUUUGCAUUCUCUUUGUCCAUUUUUUCUUGUUUUUCUUCUCUUCCUCUAGCUACCUACAGUAAUGGAGUCUUCCCAACUCUUUGGAGGUACAGAAGAAUGUAGUAGCAGUGAAUCUGGAUGGACGAUGUAUAUUGCCUCCCCCAUACAUAAUGAUGAUGGCGAUGAUGAUCACCAUGAUUAUGAAGAAGAAGAUGAUGACGGUAACGACGGCAACAGUAGCGACGACGACAACGACAGUGAUGACUCCAUGGCUUCCGAUGCCUCAACUGGUCCCAGUCAUCGUGAACAUCCAUUUGAGCAUGGUGAGGAUGGCCAUGGCGUGGGCAGGUUGGAGCAUGAUCAGGAUGAGGCUGAUGACGAGUACUAUCCACACAAAAGUUCUCACAGAAACAUGAAAAAAGGAGGGGAAAGGAGAGGAACAAGAAAAGAGAAAGAAGACUCCGUGCCAGCAAACAGUGCUACCAGUCAUGUUCAGAAUGGAGCAAAGGUAAGAAAAACUACCUGGUUCAAGAAAGGAAAAUAGAGACAUUUUAUUAAUUUCCUUCUCAGAUUUCCUUUUAGGACUGUAGCAUGUUUCUGGCCAUGAUUGUCAGAUCAGAUGAGCAAAAUAUAGACUAUAAUCUAUGUCUGUGCUCUAUGCUUCCUGUAUAAUAGUUGAAUCUUCAACAGUAUUAGGGUCAGAUAUAUAGCCAAACUUAUGCGUGUCUGGACGAUGCAAACACAAUUCUGAAUGAGUUGGUUUUUUAUUAUUACGUCUCUCUGCAAGUAUCCAAUUUGUAGCUCAAACUGUGGCUUUAAGAAAUCAGAUGUAGAUUCAUCGUAGGCAAUUGAUGAACCAGGAAUAAAAUUUACAUUGUUUUUUACUGAUAU